UAGUACCUAACAUACUAUAAAUACAUAUCUCAUGUACUCCAAGAAAGAAGAAAGAAUAUACCGAGAGCACCGGGCUGCAACAAUGGAAUGCCCGCAGCAAGCCGAAGCGUGUAAUCAGGCGGCGCGGCUCAAAUGUGAUUGGUUGAUAGCGAGAGACAGACAGUACAGAUGUGGCACAUAACAAGGACCCUUCUUUUGUUCGGAGAAUUCCCUCGUGCAUGACCGAUCUGCUUGGCAAAAUGAGGUGUUCAAAAGUCAGAUUUAUCGUUGUGGUGUUGAUCUUCAGCAUAGUUGCUGGAGUGCACCUUCUGCUCUCGCAUUCAGAAGGUGACGAUAGAACAGGUUCACAUUCAACGCCACUGUUCUCGAGCAAAUGGCGAUCAGAGGCAAAACCACAAGGAGAAACGUGGAUUUCCGAACUUAGAGGAAUAACUGUAAAAAAUUCUGUGGUCUCCAGUGAACAAAGGCUGAAAUCCUUGAGACAAGUAUGUGGAAACACAAGGAAAUCGUGGGAUUCCCUCUCUGUCACAGAGAAAGGGAUCCUAGCCAAACACAUCUUGGUUAAUGAUGAGCACAAGUUUCUGUACUGUUCAGUGCCCAAAGUUGCUNUUAGCGUCACCUUAUGGGUCAGAUUGCAGAAGACUAUUGUAACUUGUUCCUUUGCUGGUAUCAUAUUAUUAUUUAUCAAUCUUCUUUAUCUUGUCAUUUCUCCGUUACAGGUCUCCAGUGAACAAAGGCUGAAAUCCUUGAGACAAGUAUGUGGAAACACAAGGCAAUCGUGGGAUUCCCUUUCGGUCACAGAGAAAGAGAUCCUAGCCAAACACAUCUUGGUUAAUGAUGAGCACAAGUUUCUGUACUGUUCAGUGCCCAAAGUUGCUUGUUCAAACUGGAAAAGAGUCAUGAUGGUACUGGAUGGUGAAGCUACUGACACUAAUUCCAUCCUCAUUGUUAAUCACAUGAGUUUUACAUUCCUAGGAGAUUUACCACCCUUGGCUGUCAAACGCAAACUCCAAGAGUAUUAUAAAUUCAUGUUUGUAAGGGAACCUCUUGUCAGAAUUCUGUCAGCAUAUAAAGACAAGUUCUUGUUAAACAACACCUCUUUUCAUAAAAGCUAUGGAAGAAAAAUUGUCAAGCAUGUGCGGAAGAAUGCUGCAGCAAACUCCAAAGGAGAUGACGUCUCACUAGAAGAGUUUUUGCAGUAUGUAGCAGAGAGUCCUGUGGAAGACAUGAAUGAGCACUGGAUGCCAUUCUAUGAAUUGUGCCAACCUUGUGCUGUUUCAUACGACUUUGUUGGAUCCUUUGAGAAUCUGGAGUUGGAUGCUAAUCAAGUACUGAAAGAGCUUAAUGUGAAUGACCAAGUUUCUUUUCCUAAACAACAGAAGUAUUAUAAAGCAGGUGGUAAAGGAUAUGUAACAAGUAAGAAAUUCACAGAUGUAUCACCAGAUAUGUUGAAAAAAGCACUAAGAAAAUAUGAUUUGGACUACAAAUUAUUUUCAUAUCAAAAACCAAAUAUUUAAAAUGAUUUGAAUUUAUUUUUCACUUUGUGCACUCAGUUUUUAAUCCUACUCACUCAAUGCACAUCUGAUAAUUGAGUCCCCCCCACCUCCCCCCACUUCCAAAACCCCCAAUCCAUCAAGUUGAUGACUUAGCCCUACAGAGAUUAGGCGAAGACAAGCAUCCAGAUGUCUGUGUUUUGCAGGCUAUAUAGAGAUCUGUGUCUGAAUAUCUUGCUGCUGCCUGAAUUUCAAUGUUCAUUUUAAAUUACAACUAAAUUCUAAGAUGCAGUUACAAGGCAUUAAAAUUGACGAGGGAACAGAUUAAAUUAUAAACAUUUAACACAUUGAAACAGUGUGCUGGAUGUUCUGCACGCAUUGCAUGCCUCUAAUGCUAACCAACCAUAAACUGCAUGAUGUGAGAUUACAGAACACUUGCCCAAGUUAACUAAAGUAAUAGAGCGGUUUUCAAUUGAGUGUCAAAAAGUAAUUGGUUUUGCAUUUAUGCUGGGCGAUUGUCUUAAAAAAGCUCACGCCACUUUUUCAUCCAAUUUAAAGUAAAACAAAACCAUUGGUGACUACCUUGCACACAUUUUCCCACGCUUUGCGUGAGCUAAAUGCAAUUGCUUCACAUUUUGAUUGGUACAUUGUAUUGUUUGUGUCUUUUGUGACUGGCUAGAGUGAUUACUUUGGUUUUGGUUUUAUGACACUCAAUUGAAAACUGCUCUAGAAGUAAUUUACUAUUCCUUAAAAGAGUAGUAAAAGUGUUAUAUUUUUAAAGAAAGAUACAUUAAUAAAUGAGUAAAGAUUCUACUCACCUGUACAGACAAAAAACUGCUCUAGUACAAGUUGGUAGAAUUUGACAUGACAGGAUGUUUCCAGUACAAAUCACACAAUUUGGACAGCUGGAAGGAUAAGCAUUUUAUUUGUUUAAUACUUCAGGAAAAAUUAUACCCAUGGUGACGUCAUAGACCUGUUUUUUUUAAGAACAAUUAUCACAUAUAAAUUACGUAGGGCUCAUUGUUAGGAUAUGUCUAAUGUUGUAAAAUAUUUUGAUUAAA